CAGCUGAGGAGAUGAUUAUCAAUCACUAAAGUUCGCCGAAAAAUCCAGGUCGAUGUAAAUUGGAAAUUCUAGUUCAAUAAAUUUAGAAAAUUCUUCAUAAAUAUUGUAAAAAAUUAUCAUGAACACUGAAUUAAUUGAAAAAAUUGCCUGUGAAGGAGACGGAGAAUACACCUUGAAAUCGCCUGAGGAAUUUCAGCAUAUGGCUUGCAAAGAAGAUGCUGUAUCACCAAUAAACGUAAAUUACAGCAAUACACGUAAAGUUAUAUUACCAGAGCUAUCUUGGGAGAAUUGGAAAAAGAAACCCUUGAAAAUGGAACUAUUCAAUACAGGACAUACACUUUUACUUGCUGGUUUAUGGAGGAAGAAUAAACCAAUGCUAUCUGGAGGACCUCUCCCAACACAGUAUAAGUUUUUGCAACUUCAUUUUCAUUGGGGGAAUAAAGAUGGAGAAGGAAGUUUUCAUACAUUUGACAACGAAGCACUUCCUCUCGAAUUGCAUGCGAUAUUCCUCAAGGAAUGCUACGAAACACAGGAGGAGGCACUGAAGCAUAAAGAUGGCUUGAUUGUCUUGGUUUAUGUAUAUAAGGUUCACGAUAAUGGGGAUCAAUCAAUAGAAGUUAUUUCAAAACUGUGCCCGUUGGUACGAGAUGCCGGCAAUUCGGUGUUCUGCCCUCCUAUGGAAAUUGGAUCUCUGCUGUACCCAUUUUCGCAUGAUUACUUCGUUUAUAAGGGCUCGAUAAGGGUGAACGAAAAGGGCCACGCAAUGCUCUGGCUUCUUUGUAGACACCCACUUGCCGUCUCCAGAGAACAGCUGCAACGGUUCAGAAAUCUAAUGAGUAAGGACGCCAAAAGCAGUGGAGAUCGAUGUCGAGCUAAUAUUCUCAAUAGCAAGGAAAACGAUCUAUUCUUGGUGAAUCCAAGCUCAAGUUUGCAAACAACUUUGUUUGAUGUUGAUUCAAAUAUGAAAUGGGAGUAUAUAAGAGCGAAAUUCACAGCUAGCAAGGAUAAACGUAGAAAUAAAUCGGUAGAAAAGAAUAAAGUAUUGAGUAAUGAGGUUCAGGAAGAUAUUUCUGAUCAGUUCAAUCUGAAUUUGGUAGUGAAAGCUGUGAGAGCUGUUAAAAGUUUAAUGGAGAAAUCUGGUGAAGAUGAAUUAAUGGUGAAUAACUCGAAAUCCUUGAAUGAUAUUUCUGAGCCAGUUAACAGUUGUGGGAAAUCCAGAAGGGACCAGAAGCUUUCUAGAACAUCGUUAGCAAGUGAAGCAUCAACGGCGGAUAGGGUCAAAUCAACGGUCCAAUACACCAGCCCGGCAAAUAUAGCCGAACGCACUCUAACGAUCGCUAAUGCUAGUGAACACCAAGCAGAUAGCAGGCAAGAGGCAGGAUCAGAAGCUAAUUGCUCAAGGUCUAGAAUUCAAUUUGAGGAUGAGGUUUCGGACGAAAUUUGGAUGGAGCAGUUGGAGCCUGGAGCGAGUAGUGAGCCUGAAUCAGAGAUUCACCUCGUCAGCCCAAAACCGAGGCUUUUAUCUACUCAGGACAGUGUGCAGUACUUGAGACAGAACUACACAAGAAAAAGUCAGAAUACUGCUGCAAACAAUAACACAUGCUCAUCCAACCAAAAAGGCACUCAGAAAUCGAUUCAACAGCCGGGAAAACAUAAAAACGAAAUAAAACAAACCCCACAGGCGACACCAAAAAAACAAACCGUAAAAAUACAUCAACGAUCUCAAAUACCUGUUCAAAUCACUCCAAAUAAGUCUAAACUGAAAAAUCAGAAUGCUCAAUCAAUAACAAAAAAUGAGCCACACGACCGAACAAGGGUGGUCCAGCGCUCUUCCACCGCUCCAGGACUCUCUGCAGGAAAAAGUGGGAAGCCAGUGUCGCCACCAUCCAACCAUAGACCAGCAACGGCGCGCGAGUCUGGAAGACAAUCAGCUAUGAAGAGACCUGUCACGGCCAAGGAACCACUCAACCCAGUUCCUAUUCGUAGGACAAAUACUGAUAUCAAUCCUAGAUGGAAAUACUGAUUUUGGAAUGAAUUAGUCAUCAAAUUCGAAAAAAAAUUGUAGUUUGAAAAUCUGUCUCCAGUCAAUUUGGCCAUAAUGUUUGAAAAGUUCUGUGAAGUCUCGUACGUUUUAAUAAAUUUACUUUGUGGAAUUCCAAUCGGUCAAUAAAAUUAAUUGAUCACUA